AUGUUCAUGCUCAAUGACACGCAGAUGAAGCCCACAGUAUUCCUGCUCACAGGCAUCCCAGGCCAGGAGGCCAUGAACCUCUGGAUCUCCAUCCUGUUCUUCUCCAUGUAUGUUAUUUCCAUGCUGGGAAAUUCUGUCAUCCUGUUUAUUAUAAAAACAGAUCUGACUCUCCACGAGCCCAUGUACAUCUUUCUUUCCAUGCUGGCUCUCACAGACCUUUGCUUAUCCAUCUCCACCAUGCCUACCAUUCUGGGUAUAUUCUGGUUUAACUCCAGAGAGAUCAGCAUCAAUGCCUGCUUCAUCCAGCUGUUCUUCAUCCACUCGCUUUCUUUCAUUGAAUCCUCUGUGCUUUUAUCAAUGGCCUUUGACCGCUACGUCGCCAUCUGUAACCCGCUGCGGUAUGCAUCUGUCUUAACCACUCCUAGAAUAGUAAGAAUGGGACUAGCAUUCAUGGUACGAGGUGUGGGUCUGAUAUUUCCACUCCCCUUCCUCCUUAAAAGGUUUCAGUAUUGCCGGGACAAUGUUCUCUCCCAUUCCUACUGCCUGCACCAGGAGGUCAUGAAGCUGGCCUGUUCCGAUAUCACAGUCAAUAGCAUCUAUGGCUUAUUUGUCAUCGUCUCUACUGUUGGCGUGGACUCGCUUCUCAUCCUGUUAUCGUACAUGAUGAUCCUCAGAGCCGUGCUGAGCAUUGCCUCCCGGGAGGAGCGUUUCAAGGCCCUCAACACCUGUGUGUCCCAUGUCUGUGCCGUUUUGCUGUUCUACACGCCCAUGAUCGGCUUGUCCAUGAUACACCGGUUCGGGGGGAGCUCUUCUCCCUUGGUGCAGAUUCUCAUGGGUUAUGUCUACCUGUUGGUCCCACCCCUGAUGAACCCCAUUGUCUACAGUGUGAAAACCAAGCAGAUACGAGCCCGCAUUGCCAGGGUAUUCUUCAGGUGA